CCUUCCCGUCAGCUUCCCCGCCAGGGCUUAGGUUCUGUGGGUUUGCUGGAAGUGCUACGUCUGAAGCCUAGAAAUGAAGAAGAGAGGCUCAUACAGCAGGGAGAAGUAUGGGAGAAACAGUUACCGGCAGAGCAGUGCCUGUCGCUGGAACAGAAGGCGUAGUUCUAAUGAAAGAUAUGGAGCAGACACAUUUCGUAGUUCUCAAAGUUCUGACGAUAAUAGUAGAGCCUUGUCAUCAGCUUCCAGCUCAAAUGCAAGUUCUUCAGUGCCAGAACUGCCAGGAUUUUACUUUGAUCCCGAAAAGAACCGUUAUUUCCGCUUGCUACCUGGACAUAACAACUGCAACCCCCUCACAAGGGAGAUCAUCCAGCAGAAAGAGAGGGAGAGCAGAAGACUGAAGCUUUUGGAGGAAGAGGAGAUGCAAAAAAAGAAAACAACCAGAAUUGGAUUGACUCCUUUACCCUUGUUGAACAAGAGGCAGUUGGGUUUGCUCCACUCUACCAAUUAUUGCCGACUAGUCCAUGAGUUACGUGUAAACUGCAUGCAGAGAAAGAAGGUGGAAAUUCAGAGCUCUGAUUCCUCUGUUGUUGGAACUGAUCGCUUUAAACUCAUAGUGGCUGACACUUCCCGGGAGAGGGUAUUCACAGUUAAUGAUGUGGAACAUGGAGGCUGCAAGUAUGGGAUCAUCAACCUUAGUGGUUUAGGAACCAAGGCUCUCACUGUGGAAAUGUAUGACAACCUCUACUUUACCAACCGCAAGGUAAAUUCUGUAUGCUGGGCCUCACUGACUCAUCCAGAUUCCCAUGUUUUGCUCUGUCUCAUGGGCAUUGCAGAGACUCCAGGCUGUGCCAGUUUACUUCCUGCCUCCUUUUUCAGCAACACCAGGCCAGCAGGAGACCAUCCUGGAAUGCUUUGCAAUUUUAAGAUCUCCACUGCUUGGUCUUGUGCAUGGUGCCUGAACCCCCAGGCUAAUAAUUGCUUCAGUACAGGCUUGUCCAGAAGGGUCCUUGUAACCAACGCGGUGACUGGUCAUCGGCAGACAUUUGGGACCAACAGUGAUGUACUGGCACAACAGUUUGCCACCCAGGCCCCUCUACUGUUCAAUGGCUGCCGCUCUGGCGAGGUCUUCGCUAUUGAUCUGCGUCACCGAGGUCGUAAAGGCCAGGGCUGGAAAGCUGCCCGCUUAUUCCAUGACUCAGCUGUGACAUCUGUUCGGGUCUUACAAAAUGAGCAGCACCUAAUGGCAGCAGAUAUGUCUGGGAAGAUCAAGCUGUGGGACCUGAGGGCAAAUAAGUGUGUGAAACAAUACGAGGGUCACAAUAAUGAAUAUGCCUACCUGCCCCUGCAUAUACAUGAGGAAGAAGGACUUCUGAUAGCAGUGGGGCAAGACUGCUAUACACGGAUAUGGAGCCUUUGUGAUACCCAUCUGCUCAGAACCAUUCCUUCCCCAUACCCAUCCUCUAAGGAAGACAUCCCCAGUGUGGUUUUCUCUUCCCAUCUUGGUGGCCCCCGGGGAGUGCCAGGAUUGCUCUUGGCUGUUCGACAAGAUCUCUACUGUUUUUCAUAUAAUUGAGUUUGCACUAGACCAGAGAAAGAAAGACAGAAGAUCCCAGACUAAUGGAAUGGAGAUCUAACGAAGUAGAUUAAACACAAACUCAUUA